UAAUAAAUAAAAAUAGGCAAAUUUCUGAAGAUGGCCGAAUUUAUAAACAACAACAGAAAUAAUUUCACUAUCACAUUGUUUUGAAUUAAUCCAAAUAGGCUUUGUGUUUAAAAGGAACUUAAUGCCAUACCAUCCUUAAAAUGGUUCCUUUUAAGAAUAUAAUCGUCAUUAUUGAUUUUAGUUAAUUCUAAAGCUGAAAACGGAAAAAGAUGGCUAUGAAAAAUCUGGAAGGAGAGGAGUUGGUUCAGAAUCUCCGUCAGCUUGUGAUCAGCUGUGAACCACACAUCCGGGAGGCAGGCUCAAUUGAAAAUGUUGAAGAAACACUACACCAUCUGGAGGAAAACGAUGAUAAAUUUCACAGGUAUGAGUUUGUGAGACAAUUGAAGAGGAAGAUCGAGGAGAUUCUCGGUCCCCAGAUCGAUGAAGAGAUUGAAAAACAUGGCGGCCACAUUGACAAUGGUCAUGAAACACUUGUCAGCAAAAUCACUGACAGAAUCAUCAAGUCAAAACCUUAUAAUGAUUUGUCAAAGAAGUUGAAGGGCAAUGUUCAGGAGGCAGUGACGGAGCUUGUUCGUAAUUUUGAUGCGGAGUUUGGCACAGGAAAACACACUGGUGAUAACUUUCUGCACAGGGAUAGACACAUUCAUCCCUACCACGGCAGUGAUGAUGAAGACACCAUUGACAGCUCAUACAACCACGGAAGCCUGAUGUUCAUGAAACCGGACUAUCUUCAGCAGGUAGCCGAUAAAAUCAGCAAGAGCAAUAAUGUCAGUACUCGUAGAGAUGCCCUCCAGAACUUGAACACCGUGCGUGUGGACGAUGUUGUUACCAGCGAUGUGGUCCAUGUCGUCAAGAAGCAUGUCCUUGAUGCUCUCAGUGACACUGAUGAGCAAAUUAUGAAUCUGGGUCUGAAAUUUGUGACACGGGCCUUCUCCAGCACCUCACCUCAUACCAAAGAUAUCUAUACUCUGUUAAUUGAUCACCUGAUCACCCAGUGUAAGGGCAGAAAGAGCAGCCUACCAAAGGUGAAGAACGGCAUGGAUCUCUCACGGCCAGAAAUCAAGAGUCUUCUAAAGGCUUUCCGACUGAUGAAUGAGUUUCAGCUGGAGACAACCAACUACUGGAUAAGAUACCCGGAACAUUACCUGGAGGAGGUGUUGAGGAGCACGCUGAGCCUGCUGUCUAUUCACCACACGGGCACAGCGGGCAUGUUCCAGGUCCUCUCUCCCAUACACUUCAUGGCUCUCCUCGACACACGGGCACAGUGGUUCAUCAAGUGGAUGCAUGGACACUUUAGCAGAAGUUUUCUCCUGGAGCAGCUGACUGACUACAAACCUUUUGUUGAGGAUGCAGUAAGACACUGUCUGGAGUUCUCCGCAGCCAGGAAAGUUCCCUUUGACUUGAUGAGUGAAAUCUCAGACAAGGUCUCUAAGACAUCUUAUGCUGAGAGCCGUCGCUCCUACUACACCGGUGCAGAGCUUGAGUAUGCCUACUUUAUCCAUUCCGUAUGUGUCAUAGGCAAAUUGCUGUGCUUUAAAAAUGGCAGGAAAUUCUUCCCCAUCAAACUGAAGGACUCUACAGAAGAUGUGUCCAUAAAGAAACUGAUGGUUGCCAUGGUGUUAGUGGUGGUCGAUCCUGGACCAGUCUUCCACCAGCAAAGGUCAAGCUCAGCCGAGAUAUACGACCCUGCCCGGCUGGUGGCGGAUGUGCUGAAGGGUUUGUGCAGCUCGGAGCAGGCUAGUGAGAUCUGUCUUUUCAAGGACGAAAUCACCAGCACCCUCCUCUCUCCCAUCUCACACUACCUCGACGUCGCUUACUGGGAAGAGAGUGGGUUUGAAGAUGAAGAGCACCAGGCCCCAGAUGAGAAGACACUGCUACACGUGGCUGACAUCCUCUCUAUGAUUGCGUCCAGUACGAAGGGACGAAGACACCUCAUGUAUGGGGAGAAAAAGGACAUCUUCUCCAGAACCAAGUCAUCAGCAGCCCACAUCAUAGCAGAGUUUACCAAGAAGGCGUUGCUGCGUGAACUGCCGCGGGAGGCGGGCCAGGCCCCCACACAUGCUGUGAUUGGGGCGUACUUAUACAUCUGUAGACAGAUAUACAACACCUGUGAGGGACUACUUGUCCUCUAUCAGUAUGAACUACAUAAAGUUGUUGCUGAAACCUGGAGAGAUGCAUCUCGUGAUCUGGAGGCAGCAAACACACCGACGCCAGGGGACGAUGACAGCUCCAGCGACAACUCAAGUAUCACCAUCAGGGAGAACUAUGAUGUUGCUGCAUGGGAGGACACAUUGCGGGACAAUCUGCUGAACUUUGCCAGCACAGCCAAGGGCAUUCUCCUUCUCCAGCAGACUGGGGCCCUCAAUGAGUGUAUGGUCUACAUGCACACAAGAUACGAGAAAAAACUGCAGGUGAGCAAGUGUGAGAAGUUUGGUUACGGCUACAUGGUGACCCAAGUUGCCACUACAGCCCCAGGAAUGGCAGCGCUGCAGAAAACUGGAUACAUGAAGGCCUUGAUUACGGAGCUAUGGGCGGUCCUGGAGUGCGGGCCCAACGACAUCACACUGUUUACUCCCACACACUGGCCUGUGGACCCGAUAGACAAGACAGUACAUAAGCACCUGAUCCGGAUUCUGAAUGUUCUGUCUUCGUUCCCUGCAGUGUAUGAGCUGCUGGCAGACACCAGACUGCCCACCAAGCAGGCGUACGGCUUCCGGGAAAUUCCUGAUACUAUGGCAGGUUUGAUGGACCGUGUGAUUUUGAUGGACAGCCCAGCCAAGAGCCACUCCCUCUUCAACGUUGAACAGUCCCAUGGGUUUGGUCUCAGGGUAUUGAGUGUGCUGGUAUCGUGCCUGGACUCCUUUCUGCUGCUGCAAUCCCAGUACCAGAUACAGGAGAAGCUGCUGGCAGCCCAGACAGACAACCAGGCAGCUAACAAGAACCACAAGGAGAUUAUCGUGGACAUGUUAUCGGUGGAGCGGAACAACAUUCUGGUGCGCUCGUAUCUGAUUGGUGGACCAUCAGAGAGGGUGUUGCCCAACAGACAUAUCGAUGAUUCAGGAACUCCAUACAGUUUUCCGCUGUUUUCGUCAUUCCCGAUUCCCCGCGAGUACAGUCCCAACCUUGGAGGGAGGUCAGCCAUGAAACAAGGGUUCAUUUACCCCACCCACUUUCAGGCUCCGCCUGGCAAGAAAGACAAUGAGUUGACUGAGUUCCUGGAUGCACGGAAGAGCGAGAAGGGUCGUGCAUGGCUGGACAAGUGCCAAACUCUGCUGACAAAGUUCCUUACAAGUCGUGGAGACCAGGUGAAAGGUGCAGUGAUUCAGAAGAUUCUGGAGCAGAGUGUCAACAAGAUGUCCACCAUUCCUGAGGAGUCUGUGUUUCCACUCAUGCAGUUUGGAGGUAGUGACAGUGCUGUGAAGGCAGUGAGCCUCUCCCCUCUGCAGAUGCUCGGAAUCAAGAUGGCCAUCAGGUAUGGUAUCCAUCUCAAGGCUGUGCACACGUCGUCUGAUGCGACUGACUCCUUGACAUACCUUAUACGUCAGGUGAAAUACUACCUGGAACAGCAGCAGAAAACUCCAGACUCACAACUCAAGUAUAUGAAAAAUGGGUACCGUGGCUUUGACUGGUUUGCAGCAACCGUGUUCCUCAUAUUUAACGGGAACCAUGACAAGGCCUGGGACUUCCUGCAGGGUUUCUCCACACUUGGCGCGUCUGGCUACCUCUGGAUUCCCAGACUUCAUGCUUCAGUUCACCUCCCCUCUGCACUGAGUGCAAGUGGGAUCCACCCACUGUUCUCCAGCACGGGACACAACAUAGAGUUCAUCCUCCAGAUAGAGCUGCCCCUCGUCUCCUCAGCCUUCAAGAUGUCUGGAUUCACACCUGCACAGAUCUGCCAGCACUGGAUAACACAGUGUUUCUGGAACUACCUUGACUGGCUGGACAUUUGCCACUAUGUGAUCACGUGUCUCAUCCACGGGGUUGACUACCAGGUGUAUAUCUGCGUGGCCAUCCUCCGACACCUCCAGCGGGACAUCAUGUCAAACAUGCAGACUCAGAACCUCUUACUCUUUUUAAAGGAGGAGCCAAUCAAUAACUUCAAGAUCUCACAGAACCUCAAGUAUAUGCAGGACCUGGAGAAAAAAUACCGCAAGAUUGUCCUGCCUGACAUGCUUAACAUUACACGGCCUUGAGCAGUGGGGCAGGAG